AUGGCCGAAGCUACGCCAGAAAUAACUCUUUAAGUGUAUGUAAAAGCAUUAGAAAAUUUACAAAAUGCUUAUGAAAUCCUCCACACACCUUAUCCCAAUUUUAUGGUUGAGAGUACUAAAAUGAUGGUGUCUCCUGAAUAUCCAGUGGAAAUAAGAUUGAAGAUUGGGAUACUAUUGAAGGGUGUAUUGAUUGAAUAAUGGGAAUCAAUAUAGCCAUCACGAAAAGUGAUACGCGAACUCUUAUUGAAUGGUCUUGUAAUGAAUGUUUCAAAUAUGCCAAUUAUUGAGUUAAUUUCAUCCAUAAUAGUGUAAAUAAUAUGUCUUGACCCAAGUCAUAUUUGGCCAAAUCCAUUGAUUGAAUUGUUAAAUUGGAUGGACGACUUUAAUGCCAUAGAAUCAAGCUUGGAAUUAUUUUUGCAAUUAUUUGGAAAACUAAGUGAAACCAAUGGUGAAUAACAAACCUUAUGUAAAGAGAUUGUCCCCUCAGUCCUCGAGAAAGGCUUCAGUAUAUUCGCCUAACCAGAAUUGAAUGAGAAGCUAAGAGAGAAAAUAUUGUUAUUGGUUUACUUGGUAUUCAGAUCAAUAUCCUUUGCUGAUGGAACUGACAAUUCUUUUGUCAACAAAUGUCUAGAUUCGACAUUUUAAAUAUGGAUGUCAUUAUUUUUAUCUGCAUUAUAAACAUCCCCCAAAUCACACAUUUUCAUCAAGAAGUUAGUGUUAAAGAUAUUGAUUGUUGUCUUUAGAGACUUUGGAGUCUACAGUAGAAAAUCAUUGUCAUUAUCAUUGAUUCCUGUCUGGAAAUUCUUCAAUUCAAUUACCUAGUUAUAUGUUGGUCACAUUGUUUACCAAAUCGAUAUUGAACACAUUGACAGUUUGUUUUCUGAAGAAUCCAAAGAAUUGCCUCAGACUAAUUAGAGAAUUAUCAAUCUGCAAAAUGAUAUCGAAUACAAAUAUUUAAAUGAAGAUGAUGAUUAUGAUAAUCACAUUGAGGGUCUUUGUGCCUAUUCAAUUGAGUUGAUAACUAUCUUAGUUACUAAGCCUGCUUUAUAUAACCUAAUUAAGUUUGGUACCUUCCCAUUACUGAAUACGUUGGCAACAUUCCUGAUUGCUACCAAAGAUUAGGAAAGAUAAUGGGUUAAAGAUCCCAGUUAUUUCAUUCUCAAUGACGAAGAAGAAUUGCUGUAGAAAAGUGUUAGAACCCUUGCCUUGAGAUUGAUCAAUGAUAUCAUUGAAAAAUACGGAGACACCUUUGUCCAGUAGAUAUUGAUGGUAGGUGAGAAAUUGAUAUUGAAUCGCGAUGAAAAAGAAUUCAUCGAAUUGGCUCAAUAAAUUAUAUCAAAAUUGAAUUUCCAAGAAUUGAAAGGACAACAAUCCAAAGAAUUUGAUUAGGAUAGUGUAAUGUAAUUCAUGAAGACGUCUGCCAUCUAUGUUACUAAUUCAUUCUACUUAAAAUCCUUUAUUUAAAAACGAAAGGAGACUGGAUAUCUAUUGUUGGGUAGUUUUUCUGAAGAUAUUAUUGUUUUCCAAUAAAAACAUGAGAGCACUUUCGAUAUUAAGAAAUGUAUGCAGAACAUAUUAAUUGAGUUGGAAAGAUAAAAUUCAAGUAGUUUAUAGGCUCGAGCCAUUUGGAGUACAACAAAAUACUCUGAGUUGAUUAGUCAUUAAUUUAAAGAAUUGUUAGUGCCCUUCUUCGAAUCAGUACUCAAUUAUUUGAAAUCUGAAUAUCCUAUCACUUUGAAAAUUGUAUCAGUCAAAGCAUUAGGAAAUUAUGCCACAAAAAUUAAUAAAUACAACAUUGCUUUUCAGUAUAAAGCAGAAAUAAUGGAUUUAAUAUUGCAAGUAUUACAAGAGGCUAGCCAAGAUUAAAUUAUCUAUGUCUUAGAAUCAACCAUUAAUUUAGUUAGAUUUUCAAGCAUUCUGGCUACCACCUUAGCAAAAAAUGGAUCCAAAAUUUUAUUAUCAUUCUUUAGUAUCUUUCAUACUGAAUCCAUCGUUAUUAAACAAUUUAAUGAAUUAAUAAUGAGGAUUUGCUAAUGUAAAGAUGCUUAUCCACAUAUUUUUGAUGUAUUCUGUCCAUUUAUCAUGGAUUGCUUCUAAGUGUUUUAUGAGGAUAUGAAUAAAAUUUAGGAUAAAAGUAAGAUGAAACCAACAGAUAUUGGAUUAAUGAGUGCCAUUAUGCAUCUGACUUCCAUUUUCAUCAAAUACUGUUCUGACAACAAGGCUUAAGAAGCAUUCAUUAAUUUAUUGCCUUCUAUGGUUAAUCUAAUUUUGAUUAAUGAAGAUCCACAAUUAUAAGUACACACUAGUUAGUGCUUAAAAAACUUCAUUAUUAUUGAGACUGGAUAAAUUCUGAAAAUGAAUCUUGUCUAAGAUGUAAUGAAGGUAAAUCUGAAAUUAUUGGAAGUGCCUCAGAACUCUGCUAAUGAAUCAGCAUCAUUAUUUGCUGGAAAUUUGGUGAUGAUAACAAUCAACAACUUAUUAGAUGGAAAUCCAGAUAUCAAUUUAUUAAAAUCUGUUGUCUUCAAGAUCUAUAGAUCUAGAAUGCCAUCUACUGUCCAAUCCUUGGUUUUGGUGUAUGCCAGAAUGAUCAUUGAAAAACCAAAAGAAUCCAUCAAUUUCUUGACCUCUUGGAGUAUUGAUAAUAGAAUGGCUCUUAAAGUCUUAAUUGAUAAAUGGCUAUUGCAAUAACCUUUGUUUAGAGGAAAAGGCACAAAGAAUGCCACCUUCACUGCUCUAAUGAAACUAUUUUUAUUGAAGGAUAAGACUCUAGAGAAUCUAUUAGUUAUAGGCUACAAUCCCAGUCAUCAAAAUAUAAAUAGUGACGUUUAUGCUCCUUUCAAGAUAUUGUCCUUAUUGAUUAGAUGUUUAGAUAAUGAAAUCACUCCUCAUACUCAAAAUAACAAUGAUAUCAAAUAAGAUGAUGAAAGAUUAGAGGUUGAAGAUGAUGACGAUGAAGUGAUCAAAAAGGAUUAAUUUUAAGAUCAAGUUGAUGUUGAAAUUGAAAAGAUCAAGGAUGAUGAAGAAUAGGACAUAGCAGAAAGAUUUGCGUCAUUGGAUCCAAAGGAGAAGAAGGACAAAGGAUUAGCAGAUCUUGAAACAGGCUCAACAUUGUAUAUGAGUGAAUUCCUAGAUUUCAAUUAGGAAGUUGGAGAAGAAUGCGAUGAAACUACUGAAGAAGAUUUAACUUAUCUUAAAGAUCCUUGUUUAAAUAUCAAUUUAGUGGAAGCUCUCAAGGACUUUUUCUAAAAUUUAGUAAAGAACGAUCCAGAUUAUUUAAAAUUCUGUCUUAAAAAUUUGCUUAAAGAAGAUAUCAAUCUAUUAUAGAAAUAUAUCAAGCUUAAUUUCUGA